AUUUUUGCUUGAAAUUUUCUACAAGAUGUGGGCAUUACAUCAGAGCAGUUUGUAUCAGCAUGUAAAAGAAAAGAUGGCAAUCAAACGGAGGAAACUUAUGCGGCAUUUGAACAAGUUGAAGCUGCACAGGAUUUAGAAGUAUUCAUCAGAAUGAUGGUACAAAAGAAUAUUGAACUUGAACUACAAGCCUUGAGACUUAUCCAAGAAAGGAAUGGUGUUAUACCUGAGUCACUGACUCCUACCAAAGAUCAACAUUAUUCACAAGUAGUAGCAGAAGAUGAGGAUGAAAAAAUAUUACAGGAAGUGCUAAGGAAAUCCAAAGAAGAGUACGAAGCAGAACAAAGUAAAAAGAAAAAGGGUGGAUAUGACACAGACAUGGAGAAAGCUUUAGCAUACAGUCAAGAUGAACAAAGUAGGUUACAUGCAGAUAGACAGAGAGAACAAGAAAUGCUGGAUAAGGCACUGAAGUUAUCCUUGACAUCCUCUUCAACAACCAAGUCCCAGGCAUCUUUGAAGGGUUUACCAGGAAUACCAAAAGAUACUAAGUCAUCAUCCAAGUCCAGUCCAUCUAAGUCUCCUGCACCCGCUGUACCUGUAAUAAAAGAACCUGUUGCUGCUAAGGUACCAACAAAAGCACCAAACAAAGUGAGCAGUGCGGAGGCAGCAGCAAGUUGGCUCAGCAGUGCCAAAGCCGAGGCUGCAGAGCAACAGACAUCAAGCAGAACCACUGCAUCUGAGCAGCACAGUAACAAGCUUGCAAGCAGUGAUGCAGCUGAACUGAAACGUAGAGAAGAUUAUCUUAGAUUACAACGUGAUAAACUUCUUGCAAUGAAAAAGCAAGAAAGAGAGAAAACAUUAGACUCAUUUGCAGCCUCAUCCCAGGGUAGAGAGCGCCCUCGUUCAGCUAGAGCUGCAAAACAAGCAACACAAGGAGAAGGCAAACCAAAAGCAGCACCAAUAUCAGCAGAAGAUCAGAAAAAACUUGCAAUGAGACAAGCAUUGGCAGCAAGACUUAAAGAAGAAGUUAUCAACAAAAAAUAAAAACCUACUUUAAUUCCUAUUUACUUAAUAAUAAUUACAGCUUGACUUACUCAAUCAGUAUGUAGGUCAUUGAA